GCUCUGCUGCACGUCCGUCACGAUCAGCUAAAAUCCCAAGCAACGAGAGAGACCUUCACAAACGAAACACCAUGGGAGAGAGCCGUCUUCACAAAGCGUGCCAGAGGAGCGACCUGGCUCAGGUCCGGUUGCUCCUCCAGGCUGGAAUCGGCGUCAACGUGGAGGAUUACGCAGGCUGGACCGCGCUGCACGAGGCCUGCGCUGCCGGAGACGAGUCCGUGGUGGAGGAGCUGCUGAGGGCCGGAGCGCAUGUCAACGCCAGGAGCUGCGAUGGCGUGACGCCGCUGCAUGACGCCGUUCAUGCCGGACACCAUGAGGUCGUGAAGCUUCUCCUUAAAUAUGGAUCAAACCCCACCGAUCCGAAUGUGGGCGGACUCAGUGCAUUAGCGAUGGCCCAGGACUCCAGCAUGAGAGAGCUGCUGUUGACUUUCCACGCGUCGUCUGAACAGCAGCGGCACGGAGAACCAGAAGGAUGUGAGGGUGGCGCCGUUUCAGGUCCCGCGUCUUCAACACCUCACGGUCGAUUGCAGAGUCACAGUCACAGCUUUGCUCCCACGACAGACUUUAAUCCAGGAGGAUCGGCUCAGCUGAGACAGGACGGCGUCACAAACGAUUCUCUUGCAGCUCAGAGUUGCUCUGUGGCCGUCUCGGCGGUUCUGGAGGCUGUUGGGAGGAAACAAGCAGAAAUUUCAGCCUGGCCCCUCACAGAUCUCCAGGAUGUAGGGAGAUACAAAGCAGCUGUUCUGCAGACCCAAAACCUGCUGACUGACGCGCUCGCCCAGCAGCGUUUAGAGACGAACCGUCUUACCCAGAAAUUCAGCGUUGUGUCCGACAACCUUCGCCAACGAGUUCUGAAAAGUCAGCUCCUCUCCUUGGCUUCAAGUCAGAGACGUUUGGUGAAACUCCUCCAGAGCCAAACGGAGUUGGAAGGCGUUUACGUCACGGCGAAGGCUAACAUUUCAUCUCAUCGGGGGAGCAUUGCCGCGCCGUUUAACCUAAAGGAAUCCAUCGUUACGAGCCGCUGCUCUGCUGAGGCCCAGCCUGCAGGAACACCCGGCUGUCACCAAGACGCUGUCCGGGGCCAACGCCGCAGACCGGCUCCACGGAUCAGUCGGCUACAGCCAAAGGAGAAGAGCGGCAGGGCCCAAAAGGCUCCACAACCCAGAGCAGCUUCCCAGCUUUGCUCCAAGAAGAAAGGAAAGAAGGCGGUGAAACAGAGCCAGGCUAAAGAUGGCAGCACAGGCCUCCGUCAGCUCGUCCAGAGGGGAGUGUUGCCCCAGGGCAGCGCUCUGCAUCUGACGCUAAAGGGUAAGCAUCAUGAGGCUCUUGUCCGGUCAGAUGGCUUCGUAAUAAGCAACGGAAAGUCCUAUCGGGCCCCAGAAGGCUGGCUGCAGUCGAUCUUUGGCAACAAUAUUCCUGUCAGCUCUACUUAUGCACGGGAUAAGGUGACUUUCAGGGACAAGCCUUUGUCCUACUACUUCCUAAACUUAGAGGCCAAACCAAAUCCCUCUGAGAUCGACUUUCGGGACGACGUCGGACACGAGAAGGAUGGCUCUACUCAACGGGAGCCGAGUCCAGACGCACAGAGCCCAUUUCAGCUGCUGCGGAAAAUCCAGACGAUCCAUCUGGUGAACCCUGAGGAGCUGCUUCCCAACGCCGUGAUGGACUACUACUGGGACGAGCUCCUGAAGCAAGACCGCCUGGACUUUAACGACUGGGACCGCGAGCUCUAGUUUGACGUUUGACUGUUUAUUUAUUUAUUUAUUUAUUUCAGUCUAAUAAAUU